AUGGCUAUUCGCAGCAUGAAGUUCACACCAGAGGUUCUGCUUGGUGCACCCAGGCGGUCCUCAGCCGUCCCCAACGCGGCCGGUACCCUCGCAGUUUACACCCAGACAUCCUACUCCUUCGAGUCGCAUUCCAAAACCAACGAGAUCCGCGUGAUCGAAAUCGAUUCCGGCCAAUCAGCUCUUAUCACCAAUGACCCCGGUGCCAGCAACCCGCAGUGGCUGGGCGAUCGUGACCAGCUGGUCUGGCUGAAGACCAAGGCCAAUGGAAACACAAGCUUUAUCAUCGGUGAUGCGCGCGAGGCCGACAAGACAUACACUGCCGGUACCGUCCCUGGUCCAGUUUCCGAUCUGAAGGUGACUACUAUCGAGUCUGGCAAGAUCGGGUUUGCGGUGAGCGGCAAGGCCAAUGCCGACGGAACUCUUUAUAACCCCCACGAUGCCAAGAAGCCGUACACCACUGGUCGUCUCUAUACUUCAUUAUUUGUGCGUCAUUGGGACUCUUAUGUCGAGCCGCAGAAGAAUGCCAUCUGGUAUGGCCUUCUGGAGCAGGCGCCCUUGUCUCCUGCCCGUCGUCAAGCUGGCAAGUUUAGCGUCUCGGGGUUGACCAAUUUAAUUUCGGUGGUGGGCUUGACCGGAGUUGAGUCUCCGAUUCCGCCAUUUGGUGGCUCUGGGGAUUUUGAUAUCAGUCCGUCGGCCAUCGUCUUCGUCGCCAAGGACCCCGAUGUCAACCCUGCUACUCACACCGCUUGCUCGUGCUACUAUGCUCCCAUGUUCUCAUGGACUAGCAUGACCGCUCAGAAUGCAAAGGUCUGCAAGGUGACCGCGCUGCGAGGAGCGAUGUCCUCUCCUGUUCUUUCUUCGGAUGGUGGCUCCAUUGCGCUUUUGGCCAUGCAGCAGGACGGAUACGAGUCCGACAAGAACCGUAUACUGUACGUGCCGAACCCGUGGGAUGGCAAUAUGAUUGAGGUGUUUGAGUCUACCGAUGGCAAGGGCCUUUGGGAUCUCAGCCCUUCGGCCGUUUCCUUCUCUCAGUAUGGCAACUCACUGUUGAUUACGGCUGAAGAGAAGGGUCGCGGAAUCCUCUAUCAACUCCCCAUUCAGGAUAUCAAAGAUGCCAAACCCAACUCUCUGAGAAGGCUGACCCGUGCGGGAUAUGUCAAUGAUGUGGCGCCUGCCUCUAAGCAUACCACCAAGCUUUUCAUUUCGGCCAGCAACUUGGUGGACAACAGUCUGUGGUAUAUUAUCGACCCUGCUCGUCCUGAGCCCAUCGAAUUAGUUUCUUCCAAUGGUCGUGGUGGUGCAGCUUUCGGUUUGGAUCCGACUCAGGUCGAUGAGAUCUGGUUCCCCGGAGCUGAGAAUCACCUUGUGCACGCCUGGGUGGUGAAGCCGUCCGACUUCAAGCCCGGCGAAAAGUAUCCCUUGGCAUAUUUGAUUCAUGGUGGACCUCAAGGUGCUUGGAAUGACCAGUGGAGCAGCCGUUGGAACCCCGCCGUGUUCGCCGAACAAGGGUACAUUGUUAUCACGCCCAACCCAACAGGAAGCACCGGAUACGGCCAGGAUUUCACUGAUGCGAUUCGGGGCCAGUGGGGUGGUCGCCCAUACGAAGAUUUGGUCAAGGGUUUCGAAUACAUUGAGAAAAACCUGGACUACGUGGACACCACCCGAGCCGUCGCUCUCGGAGCCUCCUACGGUGGCUACAUGAUGAACUGGAUCCAAGGCCAUCCGCUUGGUCGCAAGUUCAAGGCCCUGGUAACCCAUGAUGGUGUGUUCAGUAUGACCGGUCAGCUGGCUAGCGAAGAGCAAUAUUUCCCACUGCAUGACCUGAAAGGCCCUAUCUGGAAGGUUCCUGAGAACUGGGCGCAGUGGGAUCCCUCGCGCUUCACGGCUAACUGGCAGACGCCUCACCUCAUCAUUCAUAACGAACUAGACUAUCGCCUCACUAUCGCCGAAGGUCUGGCUGCUUUCAAUGUGCUUCAGAUGCGUGGCAUUGAGAGUGCAUUUUUGACGUUCCCGGAUGAAAAUCACUGGGUGCUCAACCCCGAGAACUCUCUUCUGUGGCAUCGCACUGUCAUUAACUGGAUCAACAAGUACACCGGCCUGCCGCCGAUUGCUGAGCAGCCCGAUUUAUCUUCGGGCAUCAACAAUAUGUCGCUUUGA